AUGCCGCCAGCGAAGAAAUUCUCCUACAAGGUCUCCUGCGCUGGCUCGCCAUCCAAGCAGUCCAGGGCCUCCCGCCUGGCCCAGGACUCCAUUUUCUCACUCAACUCCUCGCUUUCGACCCUCCACUUGCGCUCCAUCUCUAACCCGGAUGAGUGGGACCAGAAGGCCCUAGGGAGCUACUACGAGUUGUUCGCGGCGGCGCUGGGCAACCUGGAAUGGUUGCGGUUCUGUCUGAGUCGGCACGGCGAGGAAAUCCCAGCGGAUGACAAGGGUUUCACUGCCAUCCACUUCGCAGCCCAGAAUGGCAAGCUUACAUGUCUGCAGGCCUUGGUAGAGGAGUAUAAGUUUCCUGUGGACCUGCCCACCAACAAUGGCCAGACACCCCUGCAUCUGGUCAUCCACGGGGACAACAAGACCAUGACCCUCCCCUGCAUUCACUAUCUGCUUAAGCAAGGGGCGGCCCUCAACACUCAAACAGGCAAUGGCUCCACACCCCUCCACCUGGCGGCCUCCCAGGGCAUGCUGAACUGUGUGAAGGUCCUGGUGCAAAAUGGUGCUGAUGUCCAUGCCCGAGAUGCCAUGGGCUGCAAACCCAUCGACUACUGCAAAAUAUGGAACCAUCGUGACUGUGCCAGGUUCUUGAAGGAUGCCAUGUGGAAACGGGACAAGAAGGACUUUGCUUGUGAGAUGAGGAAACUGAAGAGGCUCAAGGACCAGCUGGCCCUCAUGGAACAGGACUACCUGACUGAGUAUCAAAAAGAGCACCAAAUUCUGAGAGAAGCUGAUUUCAAGAGGUGGCUCCAGUGCAAGCAGCUGCUCCGAGCCCGAUCGCUGACCCGGAGCGCCAAGCGCGAGCCCUGUGCCCCACACCAGGCUAUUCCCCUCUCCAAGGCCGCCAAGCACCAGGGAUUAAGGCCUCCCAAGAGCUUCUACCCCUCCCCGGAGGCGCGCCUGCGACAGACACCGCUGCCCAAGCUGCAGCCCUUGAGGACACACACAUCAGCCUACACACUGCAGCCUGUGGUCAAGCGGCCCAGGUCAUGGAAUGUCAGCAACAACCCUGCCAGAUCCCCCAUCACCCAGAUCGGCUAUCCGCAGGGCGUCCGCCUGGGUGUGCAUCCAGACCCUAGCUUGGAGCACGACUUCCGCAGCUUCCUCGAGGUGUGGUCUGACAGGCACAGUAGGGCCCAACUGCGCACAGUGGCCGGCGACCGGGUGGCACCCGUGCCACAGCUGCCUUUCGAGGUGAUAGUCCAAGAGCUGUACCCUUCAGUGCGGCCAUACAGGAUGAAAGUGCCCCAGGGCUUUUGCUCUGUCAGCAUGAAGGAUGUGCCCCAGAAGCGGCACUUGGGUGAUGACAACUUUUGGACUGACGCUCUGGCCAUGAACCUGCGUGAGACAUUUGAUGAAGCCUUCCUGGCAGCUGUGCGAGCCCACCAAGGGCUCCCCUCUCUGCCAGACCCCAAAAGCCCCCCAUAAACUUACUUUGGUAGGCUCUGAAGCUGAGGCAGCCCAGUGAAGGCAGAGAUGUGGUGAUUCAUGAUGUGGGUGGAGGACAGGGAGAAAAGUGCCCAGAGCCUUCCCACUUUCAAGCUCAGAGAUCAGAGCCUCUUCUCUCAACAAAAGCCUAGAUCCCAGGUCUCCAUUCUCCACAGAGAAAUUUCUGGGACCACUGCAGGAGACUUAAGUUAGGGCAGAGGCCUCAGAGUGGGCAUCAGUCUCUAUCCUGGGCCCUAGUAUUAUAAAAGUGACACUUUGGCAUCCCUACUACCUCCCCUCUCUCCCAGCCCACCAGGAACAAGGCUUCCAGGAUGAGGGACCACUGGAAAAUUCCGCCUCUGGUUCAGAUUAAGUCCUUCAAGGUUUCUGUAGAUCAGGGAGGCACACGUGGCAUAUCUUGGGGAAGGGAGGGAGGACAUGUGGCUUCAGUUUGAGACUGUAAAAGCACUUGCACCUCCUCCAGGUAGCUAUCCUGGAUCCCCUGCUAUCCCCUGUAUGCAUCACUACAAAUCAUUCAUUAAACAAACAUUUAUUGAGUGCUUUCUAUGUA